CCCAUUUUCGAGCCCCGUGGGAUCCCGCGGCCCCCAGCCAGCGCCAGCAUGCAGAACAGUCACAGCGGAGUGAAUCAGCUCGGUGGUGUCUUUGUCAACGGGCGGCCACUGCCGGACUCCACCCGGCAGAAGAUCGUAGAGCUAGCUCACAGCGGGGCCCGGCCGUGCGACAUUUCCCGAAUUCUGCAGACCCAUGCAGAUGCAAAAGUCCAAGUGCUGGACAAUCAAAACGUGUCCAACGGAUGUGUGAGUAAAAUUCUGGGCAGGUAUUACGAGACUGGCUCCAUCAGACCCAGGGCAAUCGGUGGUAGUAAACCGAGAGUAGCGACUCCAGAAGUUGUAAGCAAAAUAGCCCAGUAUAAGCGGGAGUGCCCGUCCAUCUUUGCUUGGGAAAUCCGAGACAGAUUAUUGUCCGAGGGGGUCUGUACCAACGAUAACAUACCAAGUGUGUCAUCAAUAAACAGAGUUCUUCGCAACCUGGCUAGCGAAAAGCAACAGAUGGGCGCAGACGGCAUGUAUGAUAAACUAAGGAUGUUGAACGGGCAGACCGGAAGCUGGGGUACCCGCCCCGGUUGGUAUCCGGGGACUUCUGUGCCAGGGCAACCUACACAAGAUGGCUGCCAGCAACAGGAAGGAGGGGGAGAGAAUACCAACUCUAUCAGUUCCAAUGGAGAAGAUUCAGAUGAGGCCCAAAUGCGACUUCAGCUGAAGCGGAAGCUGCAAAGAAAUAGAACAUCCUUUACCCAAGAGCAAAUUGAGGCCCUGGAGAAAGAGUUUGAGAGAACCCAUUAUCCAGAUGUGUUUGCCCGAGAAAGACUAGCGGCCAAAAUAGAUCUACCUGAAGCAAGAAUACAGGUAUGGUUUUCUAAUCGGAGGGCCAAAUGGCGAAGAGAAGAAAAACUGAGGAAUCAGAGGAGACAGGCCAGCAACACACCUAGUCACAUCCCCAUCAGCAGUAGUUUCAGCACCAGUGUCUACCAGCCAAUCCCACAACCCACCACGCCUGUUUCCUCCUUCACCUCUGGCUCCAUGUUGGGCCGGACAGACACAGCCCUCACAAACACGUACAGCGCUCUGCCACCCAUGCCCAGCUUCACCAUGGCGAAUAACCUGCCUAUGCAACCCCCAGUCCCCAGCCAGACCUCUUCGUACUCCUGCAUGCUGCCCACCAGCCCUUCGGUGAACGGGCGGAGUUAUGAUACCUACACCCCCCCACAUAUGCAGACACACAUGAACAGUCAGCCAAUGGGCACCUCGGGCACCACUUCCACAGGACUCAUUUCCCCUGGUGUGUCAGUUCCCGUUCAAGUUCCUGGAAGUGAACCUGAUAUGUCUCAAUAUUGGCCAAGAUUACAGUAAAAAAAAAAAAAAAAAAAAAAAAAAA